AUGGAGAGAAAGCAUGAAGAUGUUGAUUGGUUUUUUUGUGAAGUGUCUCGUAUUGUUACUUUCUUACGGUCAUCUAACAAAAGACAAGCUCUACUUCGGAAUAAACAAGUUGCUCAUUUUGCAAAUCUAAUUGAAAAAGAAUUGGUGGAAAUAGUGUUCAAAGAUUUGGAAAGUGAUAGUCAUUCUAAAGGUGAACCAAAAAGUUUGUUACUUGUUAUGCAAACUUUCGUUUUUGUGGUUAUGUUGCACUUAAUGGUUGAGAUUUUAUCUUUGACAAAUAAUUUGUCACAAUCAUUGCAAAAGGGGGAUCAAGAUAUUGUGCAUGCCAUGGAACUUGUCCAAAUAUGCAAGAAAAAGUUGCAAGAAUUUAGAGAUGGUGGAUGGGAAACACUUUAUGAGCAAGUUGUGGCUUCUUGUGGUAAUGUUGAAAUUGAUGUGCCUGACAUGGAGUCUCGGUAUGUGAAAGAUAAGAAAUCCAAACGACUUGCUCCUUUUGUUACAAAUUUUCAUUAUUUCAAAAAUGAUUGCUUCUUACAUGUCAUAGAUGUGGUAUUGAAAGAGUUGAAUGAUCGGUUUACACCUGAAAAUACUGAGUUGAUCAAUUGUGUUGCUUGCUUGAGUCCUUGUUAUUCAUUUGAAUCAUUUGACGCUGAAUCACUUAUGAGAUUGGCAAGAUUUUACCCAAAUGACUUUGAGGAUCUUACAGAUAAGGAAUUGUCUAGUGAGUUGAAGACUUAUAUUGAGAGUGUCAAGAUGGACGAUCAUUUUUCCAAUUUGACUGGCAUCUCGGAACUUUGUAGGACUCUUGUCGAACAAAGAAGCAUAAGACAUUUAGGGAUGAAAUAUGUUAAGAAUGAGUUAAGAAGUAGAAUGGCUAAUUCAUGGCUAAAUGAUUGCUUAGUAAAAUUUGUGGAGAAAGGGGUGUUUGAUACAAUCGAUGAUAUGGGUAUCAUCAAGCGUUUCCAAGGAAUGAACAAGAGAAGAAUGCACUUACGAUUACACUAG